AUGCAUGAGUCGCUCAACAGGGACAGCGGCAUGACGGAGGGAGGGAGGGCAUACCAGGACAAGAGCCGGGAGAGGGAUGGGAGAACAAGUUCUCUGUAUACUGUUCAGCAGUUUGUCGAGUGUGAAAUACAGAGCCUCGGCAAAGGCAACGACCAAGCUAAAAGUCACUCUAUAAGCCAAUUGACCGGUUUAUUUUAUUCUUUUAUAGGGAACAAUGAGAAGCCCUCCAGGAAGCAAAGUAUCAGCACAGCGUCCUCUAACCCUGAACCCAGGAAAGACAGCACUCUACCGGGCACCACCAUCCAUGAAAGCAGCCUCCUCCUGGAAUCUCUUACAGGCUUUGCCUUGGUGGUGAGCAGUGAUGGGAUGGUAUUUUACGCCUCUUCAACCAUCGUGGACUAUCUGGGAUUUCAUCAGACUGACGUGAUGCACCAGAAUGUGUUUGACUACAUUCACAUAGACGAUCGCCAGGAGUUCAAACGCCAGCUCCACUGGGCCAUGUGCCCUCCACAGGGGUCACAGGCACACCAGGACCACCAGCAGGCUGCAGGGAAUGGUGAGGAGUUUGUAGUGAGCAGCAUCUUCCAUUCUCCGGAGGCCGGGGGGAUUCCUCCCGAGCUCUCCUGCUUUCUCAACAGAUGCUUCCUUGCCAGAGUCCGAUGCCUCUUGGACAGCACCUCUGGAUUCUUGACUGUGCAGUUCCAGGGACGUUUGAAGUUCCUCAACGGUCAGAAAAAGAAGUCCGGCUCCGGGGCUCUGCUGCCCCCCCAGCUGGCUCUAUUCUGCAUAGGUGUACCCCUCCUACUGCCCUCCAUCACCGAGAUGAAAAUGAAGAACAUGUUAAUGCGGGGAAAGAACAAAGGAGGAGUUGGUGAGCCUGGAGACCCCCUGCGGAGGCACUCUUUCAGUGGAGGAAUGGGUGACAUAGCAGACCCUCUCCUCCUGUCCUGUCCCACUCCUGGUGGAACCCAGCGGGGUCAGCACACUCCUUGGACCCCGCUCUCCAAAGACAACCUCAAGUACCGCGCUGAUGGUUACUACAACCAGGAUGAGCCCCUCAACUACUGCAAGUCCACCAUGGCUCCCCAUAAAGGGGUCAGCCCGGGCCUUGGCGGGGGCUGGCCUCUGCGGCCGAACUCCGGCCCCCUCAGAUCGGGCCAGGGUGUCGGCUACAUCCCCUCUAACCGCAUGAACAAGGCCGGGCAGUAUGGGAAGCCAUAUCGUCUUUCCCCAAACUGCCACAGCGGCAGAAAUGGCGAGGUGUUUGUGUCCAAGCUCUACGGGAACGUACAGAUCCCCUCGGACCCAGAUGCCUACUGCGUGGAUCUGGUGAAGAACGAGAACGGCUACGGGGAUUGCUACGACGGCCAUAUGAUGCCCGAGAUGCAACCUAUCAAGAUAGAGCACGACUCUGACUCAGAGAACGGCUGCGAUGCCUACGGGCAACCCUGGGGGUGCCGCGACCCGGAAGCCAUCGACCGCCGCUAUGGUAACGGGGUGUACGACCAGAACGCCCAUCUCAAAACAGAAGCGGAAUAUUACGAUCCACAGUACUCGCCUUGUCAGCGAGGGAAAGCGGGAAUCAGCCCGCCGUACAACAACGGCAACUAUCAGAACUAUGCAAUGAACAACGGCGGGAACGCAACCGCACGUCUGUUGAAAUGUGACAAAGACAUGGGCAAUAACAACGACAACAACCAGUUCAGUCCUCAGAGACUCUCUCACUCAAACUCUGUAUGCAGCAACCAAUCCAUCAACCUCAUGGACACACACGUCUACCCACAGGACCCUCACAAGGCCUACAUGCACCCGGACUACAACAAGCAUGGCAAUUACGAGUUCAAAGGUCACGGCAUCGUACACUCCAUCAAGCGGGAGCCCAUGGACUCCCCCCCGUGGUCUGAGAGCACUCACGACAUCAGCCAGUCCAUGAUGAUGGUCGGUCAGAGGAACGUUAUGCCAUGUGUGAUGAGCACAGGCCACCACAAGUCCAGUCCUUACAUUUAUAUGCCAUAAAAGUGUAAACACAGAAGAUAAUCUCACACACAUACACUCAGCGUGCAUCAAAGUUCUUUGUAUGGCGCCACGCGCACCAGCAUAACAUUAGGAUUCCCAGGAUGUCAACAUUACGACGAUCUCUCUGCUGAAGAGGUCACAAUCAAGGCUCAGGUUCUAGCGUCAGUGUUGUGACAAUCAAAAAUAAUACUUUAAAUCCACUUUAUGGAUAGAUUAUUUUGUUUGUAAGGAAUACAUUUUUGUUGUCGGCUCCUAGCACUUUUGCAGUUUAGUGACAGUGAGACGAAUUAUGUCUAGAAACACAAUUUCAUUUUUGUUUUAUGUGUUGUGAACACCUGGUUUAUGUGGGAGAAACAAAGAUUUUGUUGUAAAAAGAGACUUUGUACACAGGAGAUGACUUACUGCCGGGUUCAUCAGGUGGGGGGGGGGGGGGGGGACUGAUAAUGAGAGCAUAAUUAGUUAUAGUUAUUUAGGAUAAUCUGCCCUGAUGGAGGUUUUUUGCAUGUUUUAGUGCUUUAACUAUAAAUCGUCUACCUUUUUCAUUACUGCCCUUAGUGAUGUAUGAGUGGAAUCUAGUGGUUUCUUUGCAUUUCAGACUUGUGUUAAAUGCACUUUCAGAGUUUUUAAACAAUGUUGCAUACAUUUUUUCAAUGCACGACACAACAAAGUUCACAUUAUCUUUGUUCACUCAAAAUGUGUGCCCUGAAUCACAUUUUUCUUGAGCAUAGUAUGCAAUGCUAAUGCUUUUGUCAGAGAAUGCCCAAAAACACCAUGAAGGACAGUUUAAAAAAUGGCAGAACACGUGUGCAAUUUGUAGUUAAUGGACCAAAACCUGUGAAACUAUUGGCUUUAGUCACCACAUCGGAUUAUUAAACUAAAUGCUGAUUUCACAAAUGAAGGCAUACAUACAUUUGAAGAAAAAAAAACUGAACAUCAGCUGUGGUUCUGACCCCCGGUGGAAGACAUCCCCACACUAGAAUUACCCUUUAAACGAUGGACCUAAGAAAAUACGACGACUAUCAUUAUCAGUUGAAGUGUUCGUUUGAGUUGAAGGGAAAAAAAAGACUAUCUAUUGUUAAAACAUUCUUUAAUGCACACAAUAAUGUUAUCCUUUUUAAGUCGUGCAACCCCUGUCGGACAUACAAGUGAUCAUUAAUGUUGUACAGUUUGGAUUAGUGUUUACGCCAGGAUCAGCAUUUCAGCAUAUACACUUUCCGUGUUGUCUUUUGAGUCCGAAAAGGCGUCAUCUUCACAAUCAAUAUUUUUGCACAAAUGAAUUCAAAGCACCAAAAUUGAUUCAAUGUUAAAGUCUCAGUUCUGUUAAGCUACUGUUGUAGUUUCUAAGUUGCACUACUGGGAGUAGUUCAGUUGAAGUCCCGCCUACCCAGACAAGUUUUUGAGUCGACACGCACAACGUUACAUGGUGUCACUGUUUUUGAAAUUGUCUUUUUCUCUUUGUGUGUGUGCUCAUUUCAAUAAAUGGUUUGAUGAUUCGUAUUUAUUGUAAGAGGAAAACGUGUAUAAUUUAAAAUCUGCAGUUUUGAAGGCUUUUCUGUUACACUAAGGUAAUUAAAUAUGGCUUUUAUUUUCUUGCUAUCUUUUUGAUAAUUGUUCAGAAGACUGUCAUACUUGUCUCAUGGAGGAGGUAGCUGCAAGGUAGCGAACACAGUGUAAAUAUGCAGUGUCUUCCAAUGUUUCUACGUGUUUUUUGCAAA